CAUUCUGUUCGUUUCUGUAGGUGCUGCGAUGAAUGGAUUAAAAAUGCGAAACUCUGGCCUGGUCUUGCUCCCCCUGCUGGUAGCCUCAGUCUAUACCGGGAACAUUCUGCUCUUUCCUGUGGAUGGCAGCCACUGGAUCAACAUGAAAAUCAUGAUUGAGGCUCUUCAUGCCAAAGGUCACAAUAUUACAGUCAUGCGAGCUUCGGACAGCUGGUACAUUGAAGAAACGUCCCCGUUGUACACUUCCAUCACUUUAGGAAGUUCAGCGCUUUUUGUUCAAGAAUUCAUUCAGAAUGUUAUAAGUAGACUCUUGGAAAUUAUGAGGGAGGGUUCCAUGUGGGCUCGCCUGAAACUGGAGAAGGAGAUGUGGGACAUGUCCCUUGAAAUGAUUGAGAAAGAGAGAAGACAGGUGAUCAGCAUGAUUGAAGACCAGGAACUAAUGCAGUCCUUGAGAGAUGCCAAAUUUGAUGUGUUUAUUACUGACCCUGUUAUAAUGAGUGGCCCCAUAUUAGCUCAUUAUCUCAACCUGCCACUUGUCUUUAAUGUUCGGUGGACAAUACAGGGUGAGGGCCAUUUUGCAAUCGCUCCCUCACCCCUUUCUUAUGUACCAUUGCCAAUGUUAGAGCUGUCGGACCACAUGAGCUUUUUUGAGAGAGUGGUAAAUGUUGUCAUGUACAUUGUAACUGAAUUACAGAUUAAAUAUUUUAUAGCUUCAAGCUACAAUGAACUGUGUAAUAAGAUAUUUGGUCCAGGGGUAGACUACUUUGAAUUAGUCCAAGGAGCAGAUCUGUGGCUCUUCAGAGUUGAUUUUACCUUUGAAUUUCCACGCCCUACUAUGCCAAACGUUGUCUACGUUGGUGGUUUCCACUGCAAGCCAUCCAAACCUCUUCCACAGGAUCUUGAGGACUUUGUGCAGAGCUCUGGUGAUCAUGGCGUCAUUGUCAUGUCGCUGGGAACUAUGGUUGGUCAGCUUCCUCAUGAUGUAGCCAGUUCAAUAGCUGAGGCUUUUGCAGAACUUCCACAAAAAGUGAUCUGGAGAUAUAAAGGAGACAGACCAUCCACUGUGGGGAACAAUACCUUAAUAAUGGACUGGAUACCCCAAAAUGAUCUCCUUGGCCACCCUAAGACCAGGGCGUUUGUAGCUCAUGGUGGAACCAAUGGAAUUCAGGAAGCCAUCUAUCAUGGAGUUCCCAUCAUUGGUUUCGGACUCAUCUGGGAUCAGCCUGACAAUCUUUCAAAAAUGAGGGUGAAGGGAGUCGCAAAAAAUGUCAAUUUCGCAACGGUGGACAAAGACUCCUUCCUUUUAACUUUGAACGAAGUGCUCCAUGACCCUUCAUACCGGGAAAACAUGCAAAGACUCUCCAGACUCCACAGAGAUGUGCCAAUAAAACCGUUAGACAAUGCUGUCUUCUGGAUCGAGUACUCGAUGAGGCACGGUGGUGCGGCUCAUCUACGAACACAGUCGUAUAAAAUGCCCUGGUAUUCUUACCACUCUGUAGAUGUUCUACUGUUCCUGCUAUUUGUUCUUACAUUUACUGCCUUCACUACAUUUAUAGUCAUUAGACAUGUCUGCUAUAGGCUGUGUAUCAAGAAAAAAGCAACUUCCUAAGAAUACACGUCGGUAUAUAAAAUCACACACAGUACGCUGUCAUGAGCUCAGAGCUCGAGCGCUGUUAAACCGGAUCAAGUGGAUCGUAUUGUUAGAUUAAACCAGCGAUAAUUGUCAUAUUUUGUCAUUGUCAUUGUUUAUGUGCCUUCCUAAUACUCUGCCCAGUUAAAUAAACCAACGUUUGUUUAUUUUCUCUCAUUUUACAGACGCGAGGUGGGUUUUGAAAGACAGAAGCAGGUUAUAGUGUGUGAAGGAAAUGCAGACCGGCAGCUCUGUAAUCGGUUUCCAAAGCCCAAAUCAGAUUAGCUGUGCUCUUAGGGACGAUACACACGCUGAACAGCCGCAGUUGAUAUUCGCCACGCCUUUCUCCCUUGGUUCCCUGUGAGUCAUUUUCUCAACCGUCUUUCCCCAGGCUGACUCGUUCCCACGGUUCAGUACGUUCCCCACCGCUGCUGCCCGAGCAACAAUCCUGCGCAUGAAUAUACCCUACCUUGCUGACGUGCUAAUUUAUACCUACAACUAUACGACCCUCGAAUCGUCUAAAUUCUCGCCCAGUUCCUGUGGAUUUUACAAUCAGAUCACGUUCAAAUCAACCCUUACGGAUCGUUUAUUUCUAUUACGUGUUUUGUGAAAUUCACAUUUCGUAUUGACUCGAAAGAAAGCGAUUCCGAGGCAAAUCUAUAAACGAGGGCAAAAAGUAACGGCGCCCUAUAAAAGAACGUGCGUUUAGGUGCACGCUGCACGUUCUCUUUCACCGUUCCGUCGCCGUUUUCUCAUUUUCAGCUCUCUUUACCAUGUUGUGAUUUGUGGGUGUGGCCAAAUGUAAAUGCUAGGAAGGUGAUUAGUGAUGUACGGUUGAUCGGUGUUUGGUUCAGGUUGAUCGAUAAAUGCGGUCCAUUUGUUGGAAAUAUUAUAAAGGUACCGUCCAAGGUGUUCAUAUUUAAUUCCAGUUCCAAUUUAAUUCAAAAUGGAACUUCUUUGUGUUCUUACGUUGAUUCUUUUUUUUUUUUU